UUCAUUUUCUACCGCUGUGCUCCUACGAACGAGCAUCCUUCCUGCGUGCCCUAUUGAUUCACGACUAUGCUGCCACGAUGAUACAAUUAAAGACGCUCCUCAAUUGCAUCGACAAUUCCGGAGCAGCCAUCGUAGAAUGCGUUGCGGUCAUGAGAAAAAAGACCCAACAUGCGAGAAUAGGCGACCGGAUCAUUGUCGUCGUUCAAAAGCAGAGAUCCUUCGGCCCCGAAACACCCGGCGGAUCGAGUGUCGGUAUUGCCAACAAAGUGCGACGAGGUGAUAUACGGCAUGCGGUGGUAGUCCGAGCCAGAAAGGAGGGACUGAGAAAAGAUGGCAGCUUGAUUAGAUUUGACGACAAUGCCUGCGUCCUCAUCAACAGAAAUGGAGAUCCCAUCGGCACACGAUUAUCGAGCAUGGUGGGAGCGGAAUUGCGAGACAAGAAGUGGUCAAAGAUCCUGUCACUGGCCCCAAUGCACAUAUAAGGACGAGGGACACAGGUUGGAUUAUCGCAUGUACAAAGAUCAAUCGAAGAGCUGUCAAGAUACCCUGUAUAGUGACGAAAAAAAUUGUAUGAACAUGACAAAUCA